AUGAGGGCAUCUGCGUACCUUCAAGGUGAAAAGCCACACAUAUGCAACGUGUGUAACAAAGGCUUCAGCACCUCCAGUUCAUUAAACACGCACAGAAGAAUACACACAGGUGAAAAACCACACAAAUGUCGCGAGUGCGGAAAGUGCUUUACAGCGAGUUCGAACUUGUAUUAUCAUCGCAUGACGCAUACAAAGAACAAGCCGCACAAGUGUUCGUGGUGCCCGCGCUCGUUCCCGACGCCCGGCGAGCUGCGCGCGCACGUGGCCGGCCACGCCCCGCACUGCACGCAUGCGCGCCCGCGGACACAACUCUACCCACCAUCUUUAUAAUACUUAAACAUUCACUUCAUGUGUGUUGAUCUCAAUUAAAUUAUAAAUGUUA